AUGUUGGGAUUCUUUGUGACGGUCGUCGUGAAUCGCUGGGUGACACAAUUUGCCAAUCUUGGCAUGAUUGACAAGUACUCUUUCCACUCAAACGACGUGAAUCAUUACGUUCUAGGCUUUUUCCAAAAGCAUGAGCUCGAGAAGUUCAAGGAGUGCAAGAGUCGUUACGCUAAAUACUGGUUGCCGUUCAACUGGGCUCUGCAUCUGUUGAAUACAGCCCUCGAUGAGAAGCGUCUCGAUGGAGACAUUGCUAGAAAUGCGAUCGCCCAGGAAAUUCGUAGUUUCCGCACUGGGCUGUCUCUGAUCUGGACGUACGACUGGGUGCCACUGCCUGUAAUGUAUCCACAGUUGAUCUUCCUAGCCGUGCACUGCUAUUUCAUCGUCUGCAUCUUCUGCAGACAGUUCAUCAUCACUCCGACUGCAGCCAAUUAUACUGUUGUUGAUCUCUACUUUCCAAUUAUGACUUCUAUUGAGUUCAUCUGUUAUGUAGGAUGGAUGAAGGUCGCUAUGGAGCUGUUGAAUCCGUUCGGCGAAGACGACGACGAUUUUGAUUGCAACUUCCUUUUGGAUAGAAAUCUCACUGUAAGGAAUUUAUCAUUCGCUUGGAAAUCUCAUCGUUUAUUACCCUCGAUAGCACAA